GGGUUGCUGCAAUACAAUGUAGUCAUGUUGUAGGCUGCUGCAAAAGGAGAUGUUGUUGUACUGGCAGUGGCACUGGAUUAGUAAUCUGCUGGUUGAGGCUAAUGCACCACAGACAUGAGCACAAAUCCCACUAUCGUUUGGAUAAGCCUCAAGUUCUUUGUUCAAAUGGUAUUUGUCUGUAUUUCCCUGUAUGCUGGUUUUGCAGUAGGCAUUGCUACCUGAACGUUGGAAAUGGGUGAUGCUUUCAAAGAGUCACUCUCUCACAAGAGAGAAUUCAUCGUCUUUUGGAACAAGCUGGCGGCUCUCAAGUCCACAGUCUGCCUCUCAUGCUGAAGCCACCACCGUUUUGCAACUCGAAUUUGUUUAAUGAGCGCACUCCCGUUGGAGUUGGAGUUAGAGUUGGAGUUGGCAGUGCUAGUUGGCACUUUGGAUGACUGAACAAAACUGGCAAUCUUUCAGAAAGCUUCCAAAGCCGUUCAAAAGAGAGGGCAGGAAGAAUCCAAGGACAAUAAAACAAUGAGAAGGACCGACUCCUUCAACGUGACCCCCGAGAUCCUGAACCAGAUGCUGAAUUUUUAUAACCUCUCCCGGCAGAAAUUCAUCCAGACUUACAAACUGCAGCCUCUCGUCUACAUCCCUGAACUGCCGUUCGCCGCGAAGGUAACUUUCGUGGUGGUUUACUGCGCGAUCUUCCUGCUCGCUUUCUGUGGGAACACACUGGUGCUGUGUAUUGUGAAACGGGGUAAGCGAUCUCGGACAGUCACCACAAUCUUCAUCUGCUCCCUGGCCGUCAGCGACCUCCUCAUCACCUUUUUCUGCAUCCCAUUCACCUUACUGCAGAACAUCUCAUCUCAAUGGGUUGGAGGCACUUUUGUCUGCAAGAUGGUUCCUUUUGUUCAGACUACAGCUGUGGUGAGCUGCGUCCUAACAAUGACGUGUAUAGCAGUGGAGCGAUAUGAAGGAAUAGUGCACCCACUGAGAAGGCAUUACCUGAACACAAGGGCAUGCAAAAUGCUCGGAUUCGCAUGGGCAGUGGCUGUAAUUGUUGGAUCUCCUAUGUUGUACGUUCAACAACUUGAGGUGAAGUAUGAUUUUCUCUAUGAACGUCGGUACGUCUCCUGCCUCGAGUGCUGGAACUCUGCUUCACUCCGAAAAGCCUACGCUGUUUUCAUUCUGGUGGCACUGUUCCUGCUGCCCCAGUUGGUAAUGCUGCUUCUUUACAGCAGAAUUGCUUUUGAGCUCUGGAUCAAGAAACGUGUGGGGGAUAACUCCUUUCUCACUGCCCUGAACCAAAGGGAAAUGUCCAAGAUUGCAAAAAAGAAGAAGCGUGCUGUUGUUAUAAUGAUAACUGUUGUUGUGCUCUUCACCAUAUGUUGGGCCCCAUUCCAUGUGGUGUAUAUCCUGUUUGAAUUCAACAAGUUGGACGAGAUAUAUGACGAUGUCACUGUCAACAUGAUCAUCGCUGUUGUGCAAGCAAUAGGCUUCUUCAACUCCUUCAAUAAUCCCAUUAUCUACACCUUCAUGAAUGAAACCUUCAAGAAUGAUUGCUUCUCUUUCCUGUCAUGUUGCGCUCAUAGGCGACAUCAGAAGGCCACUGCUCGUGUGCAAAACCCAAACACAGCAGCAAGGCUAGCUGCCUGGGUGGAGGAUCCCCCCCAGAUGAGGAAACACAUGAAGCCCGAGAAUAAUAACCAGAUUGAGCAUGUUGAGCUGAACUGGUGUGUAAAUUAUAAAUUAGCGACUCGUGAGCCAGCACAGUUACCCAUGCUUCCGUGUGCUACUCAGCAGGACCUACCAUGCACCUCAGGUCAUGGUUGAAAAUGUUUCCUUUUAGUCGGCCCUAUAGCUGUUUUACAUGUGACAGUGAUGUUAGUGCAGCUACAAUUGUCAAAAGUGAUUUUUUGCAGUAAUACCUGGUGUCUAGAACAAGAAUUUCAAUAGGAUUGUUUAAAAGUUACAAUAGGAUCCUCUUCAACUAAAAGAGAGAUUUGCGUUUGUAUAAUGCCUGUAACAGCUUAAAGCAUUUUGCAGCCAAGUGAGUUCUCAGUGAAAUGUAGACACUGUUGCAGACAGCAGUCCUUGCUAAAUGAGCACACGUUGGUUAAAGGAUAAGUGUUUGCCUGGACGUAGCAUUCCUGCUUCUCGUUGAAAUAUUAUCAUGGUUCUUUCACAUCUAGUUGACAGAUGGUUCAUUUGAAAUACAAGGAUGUGGCAGUCCCGUUCUCCCUCUGAUGCAGCUCUCCCACAUUCCUGUAUUGGACUAAAUGUCAGUCUUCAGUGACAUUUGUUGUCAUGAUCAUUUAACUCAAAGUUGAGAGUGCUACCACUGAGCCAUGGCUAUAAAGUUGAGUUGAUUUGAUUUUAUUUGAUUUAUUAUUGUCACAUGUACCGA